AUCGGAACGCGAGUCAGCAAGGGCCCAGUCGUCCAAACCAUUGGCAAGCCCUAUACAGCGGAGAAGAAGAAGAAGAAGCCAAAGAAGGCUUAUUUGCAGCGUCUCCAUCGCCAUCUCUUCUGGUCCUUCUUCCAUGAGGAAGCUUUGCGCAAACCUGGUCCGAGAAGAUGGUCUGGAUACCGUCCUCGAAGUCCCAAUCCCUGAAGAGAUGUUCUCGUCCGGAUGCAACUCUAGAAGCCACAAGUCUCUGUACACCAACGUGAAGGCGUGGAUGCGAUCCCAUGUAGACCGUCCUGCACCCUCUCCUCUCGGCCCAGGAGCCGAGCUCCAGCUCAUGCUCGGCGUUAUCGGUGCGCCCCUUGUCCCGCUCCCCGUCCAAGCCCAGAAAUCCAUCAACAGCCACCACAUCAAAGAGGACCCUAUUGAGGCAUCUAUGGCGAAAUACAUAAUACAGCAAUACAUCGCAGCGUCAGGUGGCGAGCAAGCGUUAAAGUCGGUGAAUAGUAUGUACGCCAUGGGGAAAGUUAGGAUGACAGCCUCAGAAGUUGUAACUGGAAACGGCAGCAACACCGGUCAUACCAGUAAGAAGGUGACUAAAGGUGGCCGUGGAGCGGAGAUGGGAGGGUUCGUGCUCUGGCAGAAACAGCCGGACCUCUGGUGCCUUGAGCUGGUGGUGGCCGGGUGCAAGAUCAGCGCCGGCAGUGACGGCAAGGUGGCGUGGAGGCAAACACCAUGGCACCAGUCCCAUGCCUCUAGGGGACCACCACGACCCCUUCGCCGGGCCCUUCAGGGUUUUGAUCCAAGGACCACGGCCAGCUUAUUCUCCAAUGCCGUCUGCCUCGGGGAGAAGGCAGUUAACGGCGAGGAUUGCUUCGUUUUAAGGCUGGACGCGCAAGCGGCGGCCCUGCGAGCCCAAAGCAGCGGCGGCGUGGAGAUCAUCCGGCACACGGUGUGGGGCUACUUCAGCCAGCGGACCGGCCUGCUCGUCCAAUUAGAAGACUCCCAUCUCCUCCGAAUCAAAUCCGCGAGCGAGGGGAGCGUCGUCUACUGGGAGACCACCAUGGAGUCAUCCGUCGAAGACUACCGGCCCAUCGAUGGCAUCUAUAUCGCGCAUGCCGGGCGCACCACCGCAUCUCUGUUCCGAUUCGGCGACUCCAACGAUGGGCACACGAGGACGCGCGUGGUCGUGGAAGAGGUGUGGGCCGUCGAAGAGGUGGACUUUAAUAUAUGGGGCCUGUCCAUGGACUGCUUCUUGCCUCCGGGGGACCUGGAAGAUGAUAAGAAGCAAGGCUCCAGCGAUGCGAAUGCGAUGGUGAAGGGCGCACGUCCACCUAUCGGAUUCGGAUCUCAGGCCCUCCCUGGGAUUGGCCAUUCCAAGGUUGCCGCACUUGACAUCGAGGAUUCGGACGAGUAAAAUGGCAAGUCCUGAUAUCAUCUGUGGGGUUGUGUAAAUAAUAAUAUUGCAAAAGUGCAAUACUUUGAAGUGUUGGGUCUGAUUGUAAUUGUCCAGGACCAGGAAUUAAUUCCAUCGAAAGCU